UUGUUCCAGCAUAGUUCCCUGUAGAGUUGCCAGGGUGGUUCAAGUUGGAAUUUUCUGUCUGUCGACAACCAUUUAAAAAAAAGAAAAAAAGAAAAGAAACAGUACCAUGGGAAACAACUUUCUUAUUUGGAUACUCGUACUUUGCAUGUUUUAUAAAGUGUCAGGAGAAGGUUGCUCCCUUAUUCUCAAGCCGUCCAGGGUUGUGGUGGGCUUUGGGGAGUCAGUGACAGUCAGCUGUGAAGCCACACGCCCAGUUCGUGUCAUGGGCUGGGAGUCGGCCAUCGGAGCGGUGCACACACAGGAGGACCGGUCUGUCCAGUGGAAGGUAGACAGCCUUAUUGAGUGGAUAGAGGAGCCCAUCUGCUAUGGGGUUUUUUUCACAGCUCCGAGACAGUGUGAAGAGAAACUCAACCUUGUUCUUUACAAAACUCCAGACAGCAUUUCUAUCAGGCAGACAAACCACACUGGCCCCAUGGUGGAAGGAAAAGAGUACCAGCUGCUCUGUGAGGUUCAGAAUAUCGCUCCUGUUCAGUACCUCACACUGAGGUGGUACCGAGGUCAGACUGAGGUCUAUCAGCACUCCUUCUCUGACCUCACAUCAUCUUCCCCUGUACAAGUGUCCUCUAUCCUUGUCAUCACACCAACAAAAGCAGAAAACGAUGCAGAGUAUAAGUGUGUAGCGGAGCUGGAUCUUGGACCAGAGGGACCACAACCGCCUCCUACUCUGGGCUCAGAGCCCCUCGCUGUGUCCAUAUACUUUCCCCCAACAUUUCUAAGUCCUGAAACAGAGGUGUUAGACUUUACAGCAGGAGCUGAAGUCACCUUAAACUGCACAGCCAUGGGAAACCCUGUGCCUGUAUACAGCUGGCAGUCCAUCCAUCCCACAGAAGAGAAAAUGAAGGCAGAAGCUGUUAUUACUUCCUCCUCGCUGCUCCCAGGCACUUACACAUGCACUGCCUCAAACACGCUGGAAAAAAAGAGCAAGCAGUUCAUUAUCAAAGAAAAGAUCAAAGGUGUGUGAAGCUUGCUAUCUUACAACGAAUCAGUUGGCACGCUGUCUGACUCACAGGGAAAAUUCAUCUGAACUGAUUUAACUGUUGUUGCAUUGAAGAUGGAAAUUCUGACACUAUGACACAUUUAGGAUUGAGCAGAUGUUGAUAAGGAUCAACAUCUGCUGAGUUAGAUACCAUAGAGAAAAUGUUAUGUAAUUGUCAUAUCUAUAUAUAUCAUAUAUAUAUACCCUAAUCUGAUUUAGGGUAGAUUUCAUAUUUUAGAAUUUACAUGUGAUGUUUGUUGUAUAGCAAAUAUUUAUGAUAGUGUUAUUUACCUACUAAUUUAAUAAAUUUAUGGAACAUUUCAGACAUACUUACUAUUGGCACUGAAAUGAAUAGCAGCAGGGAAUUGCUGUAAAUACGAGCUGUUUCUUGGUUUGAUUUUCUUAUUGUUAUCAAUAAAAAAUAAGCUUUUUACUAA